AUGUCUAGCUUUUCAUCUCAAGUACCAUCCCUUGUCAAAUUUUCAAGUGAUUACUUCAAAGGGAUCACUUUCAUGGUAUCGAGUCCAAAGUUCGUUUUCGUGAUAGGAAACAUGAUCAUUUUGAUCCUUUUUUUACACUCUAAAGUUUUUGAAAACAAUGAUAGUAACCAAAAAGAUGAUAUGUGCUAUGAGUAUGUCAAAAAUUGCAACAAUAAUUUAGUAAAUUGUACCACUCUUGUUACUACUACGAAUCCUACUACUAAUAAAAAGAAGAUAUGUAGAAGUAAAUCAGAAAAUAGAAUUAGAGUGAAAUGUGAAGGUGAUCAAAGUAUGCACAAGGAAUUAAGACGAUCAGCGACGGAUAUAAGCAAGUCGAAAAAUGAUGGUUAUGGUGAUCAAGUGAUGGAGAAAAGUCAUGUGAAGGAAGAAUUGAGUAGUGAAGAUUUCAGGCUAACUGUGGAAGCUUUUAUUGCAAGGCAACAAAAGAUAUUGAGAGAUGAAGAGUUUUCCCCUAUGGUGUAUAUUGGUUCAUAG